CUCUGCAGGGCAAUGGCGGAACGAUGCCAGCGGACCUGACGUCUCUCACCGCUGCUGCUUCUCUCCUCUGCUUCCUCCUCGUGUGUUUCCGCCACCGACGAACAGGACGCGAGCUGUGGAGGAAGCUGUCCUCGGGCGUCAUGGCGCGGACCGGGAAGCCGCUGUUCCGCAUCGCGUACGCGCUGUACACCAGCACCAGACUGGGCUCCAUGUACUACAGGAGGCAAUUGAGAAAAGCCCGGGAGCAAUACCCUACUGGACAUUCCACCGCUCGCCCCACGCUGCUCAAUGAUAUCAAAAUAAUCCCCAUCCCAGUACUGUCUGACAACUACAGCUAUCUGGUCAUUGACACAGCCUCCAGUGUUGCAGUGGUUGUUGACCCUGCAGACCCUCAGACAGUGCAGGCUGUCCUCGAAGAAGAGGGAGUGAUGCUAGAAGCAAUACUCUGCACACACAAGCACUGGGAUCACAGUGGGGGAAACAAAGAGUUGAAAAAGCUUCACAGCGCAUGUCGAGUUUAUGGAAACGCAGCCGACAACAUUCCUGGCCUCACGCACCCUCUCUCACACAAGGACUCUGUAACAGUUGGCCGUAUGCACUUUAAGGCGCUCUUCACUCCUGGACACACAGUGGGUCACAUGAUCUACCUCCUGGAAGGACAAGCGGCCGGCUCCCCCCCCUGCCUCUUCUCUGGCGACCUGGUCUUCCUCUCAGGAUGCGGGAGGAUGUUUGAAGGCAAUGCGACAACAAUGCUGUCAUCUCUGGACACAGUCAGCGCUUUAAGUGAUGAUACGCUAUUAUGGCCGGGUCAUGAGUAUGCAGAAGACAACCUGCUGUUCGGCGCUGAGGUUGAGCCACACAACACUGUCAGGGAAAACAAAUAUCAGUGGGUGCUGCAGCAGCGAGGCCAGAAGCUGUGCACGUGUCCCUCCACUAUCGGGGAAGAGAAGCUGUACAAUCCCUUCCUGCGCAGCCACUCUGCUGAGCUCCAUCUGGCCCUGGGCCUCCAGCAGCUCCAGGACGAGGACUGGACCCAGUACAGGGCUCGGGUGCUGGAGGGGCUGCGGAAACGCAAAGACCUCUUCAACAGGAAGUAGUACCAGCGAGCUCAAGGGACAGUGGUACAAAAGCAGUGGUUUGCAGUAAUAAAAGCAUUAAAGCUGGGCUCAGAGGUACUGUACAAACACCUGACAGGUUUGGAACAUUUAAAGGGCCAUAUUUCAUAAUUUUUUACAUGUAUCAACCUGUAGUGAGCCUUAGGAUAAAAUCACACUUUUGUUAUUACAUAAUCUAAACUCUAAUAAUACUGUUACCUCUCCACAUGUGGUACAUUGCGGUAAUUCUGUGUUCAUAGACAGAGUAGUGCUCAUGUAUUGCAUCUUUAAGAUGCCUUUAAUAGAGGCAUAAACCAUAAUGUAGUACUGUUCUGUCUUUAGUAGUAGGUAUAACCAGAUUUUCCUUCUGGCGUGUGGAACCCAGGGUGGCCACACGAGGUACUGUAUUUGUUUACUACACACUCGGGUUUGUUUUUAGGAUGAGUCGUCCAAACCUCUGGGAAGAUGCUGUAUUUGAUUCGAUGGUUUCGCAUUCAAAUGCUGCUGAACAGUAAUAACCUUCUCUGUGGAAUAUGUGACUUUUUGACUUUUUGAUUUUAAACUGUUAAAACAAUUGUUGUGAUAGCAACAAGAGUUGCAAGUUUCAAGCGCUUUGGUGCACAACAAAAGGCAGAGUCCCAACAGAGCCGAGCUAAGCGACUUCAGGAAGUUGAAUCUUUUUUAAAGGAGUGAGACCAGUCAGACCUUUGUUUCAUCAUCACAUAGCCUGCACCAUUUUCAUUAUUGCACACUCAACAUUCCACCAUUUGUCCCUACCAGUGUUAAUUUCGUUGACGAUAACGAUAACGAAAAAUAUUCGUUAACGCCCCUUUUCCCAAGACUAAGACGAGACGAAGACGUAACGAAAUGGAUCUUUGAAAAUAAAAACUAUGACGAAAUCUAUUUUAAUUUUCGUUAACGAGACGAGACGAAACGAAAAUGUUGGCGGUUGACUAAGUCACCACAAUUUUUAAAAACAUAAUCGUAUCAGGCCGUCAUGAAGUACCCGGAGCGGCGAGUGUGUGUGUGUGUGUGUGUG